AUGUCGAAGAUAAAAUGGCUGGCUCGAAAGUUAGAGGUGGCCCAUGAGCCAGGCUUGAGCAAUACUCAGUUAUUAUUAACAAACGAAGAUUUGCAACCAGUCGAGCCCGAACGUCGUCUAUGGAGCUGGCUGAAUUAUAUCGCAUUUUGGAUUGCUGACUCGCUGAAUAUUAACACUUGGAUGAUUUCAUCCUCGAUGAUCGUCGGGGGCCUCUCAUGGUGGCAAUCAUGGAUUUGUGUCUGGGUCGGAUAUUUCAUCGCCGCCGGAUUCGUCUGCUUGACCGGUCGCAUCGGUGCGGUAUACCACAUUUCUUUCCCCGUCACUGUGCGUGCAUCCUUUGGUAUCUGGGGCUCUUUCUGGCCGGUGAUCAACCGAGUGGUGAUGGCCAUCAUCUGGUACGGAGUGCAAGGUUACAUUGGAGGUGAAUGCGUGACGUUGAUGAUCAGCGCAAUUUGGCCUAGCUACUUACAUCUGCCGAACACAAUCUCCCCCGGUGCUGGGGUCAGUACUAGGGAUUUCGUGAGCUUCUUCCUAUUUUGGUUGUGUUCGCUUCCAGCCCUCUGGUUUCCGGUCCAUAAAAUUCGCCAUCUAUUUACCGUCAAGGCAAUCUAUUCGCCCAUUGCUGCGAUCGCUUUCUUUGCAUGGGCCAUAUCCCGGGCCCAUGGGAUUGGGCCAAUUAUCCACCAGCCCAACACAGUCCAUGGCAGCGACCUAUCAUGGGCUGUCGUUAAGGGUAUCAUGAACUGCAUCGGCAAUUUUGCAGCGCUAAUCAUGAACGAUCCCGAUUUCUCACGAUUUGCUCGUACUCCCAAAGAUGCACUAUGGUCUCAGCUCCUUACUAUCCCCAUCGGCUUCGGUAUCACCUCCUUCAUCGGUAUCAUUGUAUCUUCGUCCGCAGCAGUCAUAUACGGCAAAUUGGUCUGGAAUCCUCUUGACCUGCUCCAGAUGUUCCUUGACGGAGCCAGCUCUGGCCAAAGAUUCGGCAUUUUCGUCAUCGCUCUCGGUUUCACUCUCGCACAACUAGGAACCAACAUCUCCGCAAACUCCGUCUCCGCAGGAACAGACUUGACAGCCCUCCUCCCACGAUACCUGAACAUCCGACGUGGUAGUUACAUCUGCGCCGCCAUCAGCUUAGCGAUCUGCCCGUGGAAACUCGCUUCCUCAUCCAACCAAUUCACCACCUACCUCUCCGCCUACUCUCUCUUCCUUUCCGCCAUCGCCGGCGUAAUGAUCUGCGAUUACUACAUUGUACGCCGCGGGUACCUGGACGUCAAAGCGCUCUACAGUAUUGGCAAAACAGACCCCUACUUCUACACUUACGGCUUCUCCUGGCAGGCCUACGCCGCCUAUCUCUCCGGAAUCCUGAUUAACAUCGUCGGUUUCGUGGGCGCAGUCGGUCCAACGGUUCCUAUCGGCGCGACAUAUAUCUACAACGUCAACUACUUCGCCGGUGUCAUUGUCGCCGGUGGAAUGUACUUUAUUCUGACGAAGCUCUUCUCCCAUUCCGGCGACUAG